GUCACUCUUUUUUUUUUCCUUCUCAAAACUGCCACUCCCAUUGCGCCAACCCCGACACAACACGCUCACGCUCUUUCCAUCAAAAUCAAAUUCCUUUCAUCUUCUUCUUCCGCCAUUUUCUUUUUCUUGAAAAAGCUUCUACCUCACCACUGUUUUGCUGUUCUCUACUCUUACCGACGAUUCAGUUUCGUCCUAACCGAAACCCCUCUUAUAUUUCCUUUAUCCAUUCCCUUUUUUUUUUCUCUUCUUAAUAAUAUCCUUUCCCCUUUUCCAUUACCUUCUGACCCAUUCUUUGAAGACGCGUGUCGUUUCUUUGCCUUAUCGAUCCAGCCCAACGAACGAACGGUGGACUCAGGAUUUUUCAUUAUUCUGCAUAUUUCGUGUUUUCAUGAAAAAUGCUGAUCAGAAAUUUGGUGGCCUUGAUGCUCUUUUUCACGGUCAUUGCUCCGAUUUUGCUUUACACUGAUCGCCUCGCCUCCCUUAAGUUCUCAUCUAAAGGCGAUCUUGUUGAAGGUUUUGCAACUUCCGGUUUCAAUAGCAACUACGGGCAUCUGAAUCUUGUUGAUGGGAAAUCUUCAUCAAGCGUAAAAGAGCCCGUUGCGAUUAUUUACUCCGACAACAAGUUGCUUCCAGAUUCAGCUGCUUCGAACUGGCAGAGCAAUGAUGGCAUCCAAGGCGUAAUAGAGCGUAAAUCUACUCGAGUAUUGUCCACAACUGAUGAGGAAGGUCUUUCUCAAAAUGAGAAUCCCAUUAAAGAAGUUACGGACCCCAUUGGGCUGCCAAAUAUCAUUUCAGGGAAUCCCAAUAGUACCAGUGAAAAGAACAGCGAACUUGAUCCUAACCUAAAACAGGAGCAGUCAGCCACUCAGACUUCUGAAAAAACUGAUGGGGGAGAAAUAGUAAAAUCAAGAUUUCAACAAGACAGUGUACAAGUUGCUCAUCCUAAUGCUCGGGUAAGACAUCUCAAGGACCAGCUCAUCAGGGCCAAAGUUUACCUCUCGCUUCCAGGCACUAGGAACAAUCCCCACCUUACAAGAGAACUUCGACUGAGGAUAAAAGAAGUUCAACGAACAUUAGGUGAUGCAAGCAAGGAUUCUGAGCUACCUAAAAAUGCCCAUGAGAGAUUGAAAACGAUGGAGCAAACCUUGGCAAAAGGGAAACAAGCUCAGGAUGACUGUUCUACCGUAGUAAAGAAACUACGAGCGAUGCUUCACUCAACUGAAGAGCAGUUACGAGUGCACAAGAAACAAACCCUAUUUCUAACGCAAUUAACAGCAAAAACACUUCCUAAAGGCCUUCAUUGCCUUCCCUUGCGCCUGACAACUGAAUACUAUUCUCUGAAUUGGUCCCAACAGCCAUUCCCAGGUCAAGAGAAACUUGAAGAUCCAGACCUGUAUCAUUAUGCAUUAUUCUCAGAUAAUGUAUUGGCAGCAGCAGUAGUUGUUAACUCAACAAUUACUCACGCAGAGGACCCUUCGAAACAUGUUUUUCACAUUAUUACAGAUAGACUCAACUAUGCAGCAAUGAGGAUGUGGUUUCAAGCAAAUCCACCUGACAAAGCUACAAUUGAGAUUCAGAAUAUUGAAGAAUUUACAUGGUUAAAUGCCAGUUAUAGUCCAGUUCUUAAGCAGUUGGGUUCUUCAUCCAUGAUAGAUUAUUACUUCCGGGCUCAUCGGGCUAGCUCUGAUUCAAAUAUGAAGUUCCGGAAUCCAAAGUACUUGUCCAUCUUGAACCAUCUACGAUUUUACCUCCCACAGUUAUUCCCGAAGCUCCAAAAAGUUUUGUUCCUGGAUGAUGAUAUAGUUGUGCAGAAAGAUCUCACGGGACUUUGGUCCAUUGAUUUGAAAGGAAAUGUUAAUGGUGCUGUUGAGACUUGUGGAGAAAGCUUUCAUCGGUUUGAUAGAUAUCUCAAUUUCUCAAACCCUCUCAUCUCAAAGAAUUUUGACCCUCAUGCCUGUGGCUGGGCAUAUGGUAUGAAUAUCUUUGAUUUGGAUGAAUGGAAGAGGCAGAAUAUUACACAGGUGUACCACUCCUGGCAGAAGCUGAAUUACGACAGGCAAUUGUGGAAGCUGGGGACAUUACCACCGGGUCUUAUCACAUUUUGGAAGCGCACUUAUCAGCUCGACAAAUCCUGGCAUGUUUUAGGUCUAGGAUACAAUCCUAAUGUUGGGCAGAAGGAAAUUGACCGAGCGGCCGUCAUACACUAUAACGGAAACAUGAAGCCAUGGCUCGAGAUAGCCAUACCCAAGUACCGAAAUUAUUGGGCAAAGCAUGUUGAUUUUGACAAUGUAUAUCUAAGAGAAUGCAACAUUAAUCCAUAAAUGGUCCUUGUGGACUCCUAGUUUCCUCCAUGAUUUUAACAUCCACAAUAGUUUUCCAGGUCUGGAUCUCUGCUUUUUUUUUUUUUUUUGUUCUCUAAUUUAUUCUUUUCCCUUCUCCUUAAUUUGUUUAUUGGUUAUGUAAAUUAGAUCUUAACUGAUGCUAUCUAUUUUAAAUUUCCCCACCUUAGAUGUAUAUCAUAUGUGGGUCUUUAUAUUCUGUUGCUGUACAAAAUCUGCUUAACCAAAUCCUUUUCCUCAAACAUUGCCCCAGUCGCAAGUUCAACUUUCGGAAAAGAUCUCCAUAACUUCUUUGAGACAGAUGGGGUUGGAUGGGUUAAACUCAUGGACAAUAGACUAAAACCAAGCAAAAACUCCGAGGUAUUAUUUGUCUUUGUGUGUUUGUGUAAAUCUAAUUAAACCUUUGGACGAAGCUAACUUGUGCGUGACUUAACUAGUCAACAUGUAUGCUAUCGACCUAGAUGUCAAAAUUUGAUACUGUACUCAGGAAUUUAUGGGAUGGAUUUGUAGUAA